AUGCUGAGCAGAAGUAUUCCUCUAACUUCUUUUUCCAAAAAUCAGCAAGUCCUUUCGAAUUAUCCCACUUUGGCAGAUAAGAUUGCAGAGGAUAAAAGCCAGACUGCUCACACUGUUUUCAAAUUCUUACAAUGUAAUACUAAUUUCUUUGAAGCCGUAGAGGACAAUUCAGGAAAAACUCAAACAAGUGUUGGCUCUCAGGUCAAUAAUUCAACUUCUUCCCGUUCAACCAUUGCUAGCUCUGCAACUAGCACUCCAAAAACCAAUGCUAAUACAACCAGAACUCCAACCUACAGUAAUAGUAACUACUCUGCUUUUAACUCAAAUCAACCAAGUACCAAUAAUGAUCCGAAGCCUGUUUCAAUUGAUGAUUUUAGAAAAGUUAUUAGUGAGGAGGUAAAGACCAGUAUGGAACAAAUCUUUGAGAGGUUCAAGAACUUCAGCUCCAAUAACAAUAUUAAUGCUGAGAAUGAAGAGCUCAAGAAAAAACUUACUGCAGAGGAGGAGAAGAAUGGGGCACUGUCCUUAGAAAUUGCAAAUUUGAAACAACAAAUGACAAAACUCAAAGAAGAAAAUGCUAUUCAAUUACAAAUUAAUGCAGAUCAAAAUCAAAAAAUCUCAAAUCUCUCAUUGCUCGUUGAACAAAAGGAGAAUUCUCAAAGACUCUUAGAUUUAGGCGUGGUUUCUAAUACCAAAACAGAUCAGAUUAUUGAUAUGGCUAAGAGGGGGCUUUCAGAAAUUAAUGACAAAAUUAUCAAUACUGUACUUGGUGCAGGUAUUGAAGAUUCCCAAGGAAUUCUAUUGGAAAAGUUUAUGAAGAUCUCUUUCUCACAUGCUUUUUAUUGUGCUUUCGAUUCAUUUGAGUCUGUUGUUGAUUGUGCUUUCAGAAAGCUAAUUACCUACAUGAGUGAAUCAUUGCCUGGUUUCUCUUCAAAGUAUGUUCUCUCUUAUCCAUCAAAUACCAAAGAAUCUCAAUAUUAG